CUGCUGCUGUGUGGAGCUGAACCACUUGUUUCGAGGGUCCUCGUCGUUGGGAAGUUGUGGCUUUCACUUUUCUGAAAGCUGUCGUCAACAACACAACACACACAUGCGCCGCAAGGGGCCCGCUUUGCAUUGACUUCACAUUGGAACACACGGUCUUGCCCAUUACCAUUUUGCGACCUGACGCUCCACGAAACGACAUCUGCUGCGGCACGGAUAAGCAGCCACCAUGAAUCUCUUCCGGAUCUUGGGCGACUUGUCGCAUUUGGCAUCCAUCUUCAUACUGCUUGCUAAGAUGAAGUCGUCAAGUAGCGCAUCGGGUAUUUCCUUCAAAUCACAAUUUCUCUACCUCGUGGUCUACGUUACGAGAUAUCUUGAUCUGCUAUGGACGAACCCAACAAACAGCCUUUGGAACACUACCUUCAAAAUCAUCUUCAUUGGCGCGCAGGCCUACACGAUAUACCUCAUGCUCAACGACUACAAACCGACGCACGACCCGAAUCAGGAUACCUUCAAGGUGGAAUAUCUGAUUGGAGGAGCGGCCGUCAUGGGGCUUUUGUUCCCUUACCGAUACAGCUUGACAGAGAUGCUCUGGGCAUUUUCGAUCUGGCUGGAGUCCGUUGCCAUUCUGCCCCAACUCUUCAUGUUGCAAAGGACAGGGGAGGCUGAAACCAUCACAACGCACUAUCUGUUCGCUCUCGGUGCCUACAGAGCGCUUUACAUUCCCAACUGGAUAUGGCGAUUCUUCACGGAGAACCAUUACUGGGACCCCAUUCCGGUGAUUGCGGGUAUCAUUCAGACUGUGCUCUACUCGGACUUCUUCUGGAUCUACUACACCAAGGUACUGCAAGGCAAGAAGUUCAACCUCCCAGUCUAGAAUACGCGAAACCGGAACAUCUCUCCGGUGUCCCCAACGCGCCGUAGCCGAACAACGCGCCCAAUGAUGUGCAUGCUGCUAUGUCUGCACACACUAGUAUACCUCACGAUUCGCGCGCAGAUUGUCCGUGCUCAAUUAAUUGAAAUCAGGAAGGACGAAUUGAGAUGAGCAAGGCAAUAUACUCGCGUUGGCAGAAGAAAUCGUAGCUCGACUGCGGCGAAUGGCAAUGCGAUGUUCGAUCGUUGGAACAGGCAUGAUGAGGCGGCAUAGCUGUAUGUGUAAAGAUACGAGGUCGGUUGUGAUGAGUGAGAAGGUUUUUGACCAUCAUUGCAUAUGCAGACGCUCGCAUUGUAAGUUGAUGAAAAUAGCCAGCGAUGGCAUAAUGAACUUCGAUUUAAGAGUCGGGUCCUCGCG